AUGACGGUGUCGUUGAAUGAGAUGUACACAGAAUUGUUGUGAGUUGAAAUACUUUACCGGCAAAAAGUGAAAUCGAAUUUAAAAGUUUCAGUGCUCAUUGGUACACCGAAAGAUGCCAAUCGAUCGGUAAAGAUUGUAGUUUGCUUGGUUAAAAUCUGCACAAUCUGUUUUUAGCUGAUUGUCCCAAAGAAAAAGCAAAAGCAUUGGAACAAUGCGAUAAACACCUGAAGGUGGCAGAGGAGUGCAAAUUCGGUGUGAGGGAAGGGCGAAAGAGAUUUUGUGCUGAACUGGAGAAUGGAGGUUCGUCUUGAGUUUUCGAACGGAAAUGAUUCGGUGGGAAUUCAACGUAUUAUAGGGGCACCGGACAGAAAGGGCGCGCUGUUAGCAAUCUGGCCGAAUUUCUAGACCGCGAAUUAAUUUUCCACUGAAAACGUGGCCUAACUUUUCAAACUCGGCCCCGAGGUCGCUCCAUUUGCACUACAAAAAGAGUUUCUCAACAGAGCGCCAUUUCUGUGCGGUGCCCCUAUAAUAUAAUAAUUGUAGGCUCAUUCUGCGGUGGUUUUGCAAAGAAAAAGACGACUCCCGCUCCCACCACCCCCACCACGACGACUACGGCCGAACCGACUACCGAAGCUGCAGACAACACUUUUCUCAUCAUAGGCGUCAUCGGCGGACUCGUCCUUCUUUCCAUUUUCAUGACGAUCCUCAUGCUCUACAAAAAGAGUCACCAACGCAAGAAGCACGGCAAGAAGAAUGGUGGAACUGGAACUACAACUGGAACAACGACAAAGGCAAGCACGACCACUGGAUCGAAAGGGACUACUGGAUCGGCGACGGGGACCCGCACAAAAACUAAAACGAGAACUAGCACCACCGGCACCAGAACUACUGGAACCAAGACGAAACAUGGCAAGAAGCAAAAGAAACAACACAAAAAGAAGGGGAAUAAGACUCGGACUGGAACAAAAACGGCCCACGGUUAUUGA